GGAGGAUGGUAAAUGACCCAGGGGAAGAAGAAAAAACGGCUGCAAACCGCAGUAUCAUGCUGGCUAAGAAGAUCAUCAUUAAGGACGGAGGCACGCCUCAAGGAAUUGGCUCUCCCAGUGUUUGUCAUGCGGUUAUUGUCAUCUUUUUGGAGUUUUUUGCUUGGGGAUUAUUGACAGCACCCGCUUUGGUGGUAUUGCAUGAAACCUUCCCCAAACAUACAUUUCUGAUGAAUGGAUUAAUUCAAGGAGUAACGGGUUUGUUGUCAUUCCUCAGUGCCCCACUUAUUGGUGCUCUUUCUGAUGUUUGGGGCCGAAAAUCGUUCUUGCUGCUAACAGUGUUUUUCACAUGUGCCCCAAUUCCAUUAAUUAAGAUCAGCCCGUGGUGGUACUUUGCUGUUAUCUCUGUUUCUGGGGUUUUUGCAGUGACUUUCUCUGUGGUAUUUGCAUAUGUAGCAGAUAUAACCCAAGAACAUGAAAGAAGUAUGGCUUAUGGACUGGUUUCAGCAACAUUUGCUGUGAGUUUAGUAACCAGUCCUGCAGUUGGAGCUUACCUUGGCCGAGUGUCUGGAGACAGCUUAGAGGUGGUCCUAGCUAUAGAAAUAGCUUUGCUAGAUAUUUGCUUCAUCCUCUUUGCGGUGCCAGAGUCGUUGCCUGAGAAGAUGCGUCCUGCAUCAUGGGGAGCACCCAUCUCCUGGGAGCAGGCUGACCUCUUUGCAUUUUUAAAAAAAGUGGGCCAAGACAACAUAGUGCUGCUAAUCUGCAUCAAGGUAUUUCUCUCCUACCUACCAGAGGCAGGCCAAUAUUCCAGCUUGUUUUUAUACCUCAGACAGAUAAUGAAAUUUUCACCAGAAAGUGUUGCAGCAUUUAUAGCAGUUCUUGGCAUUCUUUCCAUUAUUGCACAGACUGUAGUCUUGAGUUUACCUAUGAGGUCGAUUGGAAAUAAAAGCACCAUUUUAUUGGGUCUGGGAUUUCAAAUACUACAGCUGGCAUGGUAUGGCUUUGGUUCAGAGCCUUGGAUGAUGUGGGCUGCUGGGGCAGUGGCAGCCAUGUCUAGCAUUACCUUCCCAGCUGUCAGUGCACUUGUUUCACGAACUGCUGAUGCCGAUCAACAAGGUGUUGUUCAAGGAAUGAUAACAGGAAUUUGAGGGUUGUGCAAUGGUCUGGGACCUGCCCUUUAUGGAUUCAUCUUCUACAUAUUCCACAUGGAACUUAAAGAACUGCCAAUAACAGGAACCGACUUGGGAACAAACACAAGCCCCAGCAUCACUUUGAACAUCAUCAUCCCUGGGCCCCCAUUCCUCUUUGGAGCCUGUUUGGUACUGCUGGCUCUGCUCAUUGCCUUGUUUAUUCCGGAACAUAUCAACUUGAGCUUAAGGUCCAGCAGUUGGAAAAAGCACUGUGGUGCUCACAGCCAUCCUCACAGUACACAAGCCCCCGGAGAGGCCAAAGAACCUUUACUCCAAGACACAAAUGUGUGA